AUGUUUGCAAUCGCAGUCGUAUUCUUCAUGUUCAUUUCGGUUGGUUCAGCUGAGCAUGAAUCUAAACAUGAUAAUAUGUGUAAAAUCAUACGUGAUACGCUCUGUGUCAAAGACACUCUUGUUACUAUCGCAGCCGUGACUCGCAGCAUUAAUAGAACAGCGAAUGAAAUCGAACGUAACAUCCUCUUCAAAUACCUGGAGACUGAAACACUCCAUCGGUACAUCAACUACGAAAUGGGCGUUAUUCAAUCGCACCUGCCAACACCGCAAUAUCAUGUUAAAUUCUUUCAAUUGAAUAAUAUCGAUAAACAUUUUCUGGGCGACCUGUUACUGGAAGCACAUAAUGCCUUGAGCUACUAUUUCAAAUCAAUCAAUGCGAUUUUGGAUUUAAAAGAUGUCCUAUCAUUAGCGAGCGAUUCAUGGUUUGGACAGAUCGCAGAUAAUCUUCGUUAUGAAAUGAUCUGUCGUUAUCGAAAUAUAUUGAGUGUAUAUUCGCAUUUCGCCAUCGAUGGUUCACGACGUUCGUGCAAUGAUAGUCGUUCGAUUGCUAAGAGAUUGGAUGAGCAAGGUGCACCAUGUCCUGAUAAAUAUGGAAAGUAA